AGACGGUCGCAACAAUACGGACUUUAAAUAAAUAUUAAAACAAAAACAAAAAGGAAUAAUUACAAUAUACUAUACAAGAGAUAUAAAUAAUUUGCAGAGAAAGCGCGCUUAUCAGCUGGAAAAGUGAAUCAUGGCCUAUAAGUGGGUGCAGUCGUCGGCGUACUCCUCGAUACCGCCGAAUGCCGUUGUUGGCGGCAAUGAUGAGGAUGGCGCCAUGAUCUAUGUGGGCCGGGCGGAGCACGAGGGCGAUAUGCUCGUCUGCAAGGUGGUGCCCACCAAGCAGAUCGGCUUCAUAUCGCAGCGCGGCGAGGCCCUGCCCAAGGACAUAUUCGAGAUACUGUGCGGCGAGAAUCUCGCCUGGGUCAAGUGCUACGAUCACGUGAUACCCGAAACGGCCGUGCUCUGCGGACGCACCGCGCUGGAGCAGCCCGUCUACAUUGGACGCGGCCAUUACGAGGGUCAUCUGAUAAUUGGGAAAAUCUCGUCGGUUCACCGGGCCCUGUUCAUUGCGUAUCGCGGCGCCGAGCGUCGUCUGGACUCGUAUGAGAUUCUGGUGGAGGAACGACAUGGCAUGCCCGGCUGGCAGCUGCCGCCGCCGCCGCCGCCGCCCGAGCAGCUGGAGCUGGCGGAGAAGUGUCCGCCAACGCCGCCGCCGCUGACGCCGCCAACGCCGCUGCUGCUGGCAGGCAAGCCAGGCGCUGCGCCCGGACGUUAUCCGUAUCCGCCGGACUUUGAUGCGCCGGCUUUCGCCUUGCACGACAGACCGCCACAGUAUACGCCCAUGCCGAUGCCCAUGGCCAGCACAGAUCCAUAUCCACCACCAGCCCGUCCAAUGGGGCCUUCGAUCUUGCCGGAGUACAAGCCGCCGCUGGCCGUGCCCGUGCCCAUACCAGUGAAGCCCUCCUAUGUGCCCGCCGAGGUGGCGACCGCGCCCUCCUAUACGCCAGCCGAGUUCGCGCCGCCUGCGGCUGCCUCGUGCUCCUUUACGCCAGCGGACACUUAUAAGCCGCCAUUGGAUCCGUAUGCGCCCAGCUGCUCCUCCUAUACGCCAGCCGUAUGCACACCAGCUCCGCCCGUCUACGAUCUGUGGAUGGCCGCCAGUCCAGGGUAUACGCCACCGGAUGCCGUCUUCGGCGGCCACGAUAGCGACAUGGCGCCGCUGCUCGUCUGUCGCGCCUACUACGACGGCGUCCAUAUACCGGGCAAGGCGGCGCCCAGUCGCGGCUGUGCCUACAUUACGCUGGCCGGCCGCGAAAUUGUCGAGUCGCGCUACGAGGUGCUCAUCGGACAGUCCAAGUACCAUUGGGUGCCCGGCCGUGACGGCAGCAUCGCCGCGGGCGCCGUCGAGGCGGGCCGCGCCUUCAACGGCGAGCCUCUGUUUGUUGGCCGCGCCCAUUACGGCGGCAGCCUGACACCUGGCAAGAUCCAGCAAUCGCAUCGCUGCCUGCACAUAGCCUUCGGCGGGCAGGAGGUGCGCAUCAGCAGCUACGAGAUUCUCGUGCGCAGCGACAUCUUCUAUCGCCAGCAGGGCAUCAGCCUGAGCUACUGAGCUGCAGCUGGAGCUGGCAGGAGACGGAGACACAUGACCACAAACACAUUCCCGAGCAGCUACCUCAAAUGUUAAAGCCAAUCCAAUUAUUGAGAGUAUCAAAUUCACCUUUAAAUUUAAAUACUAUCUAAAUAGAAAAUCAUUUACUUUUUUAAAGAAACUUCAAGCUCUUUUCCUUCUUAUAUUAAGUAUAAAUUAUCCUUGAUUCCAACAAAAAUAUAUUGAAUUAAGCCUAAAAUACUUAAUUUAAGAAUUUACACACUAAAAAAAAUGCACCAUGGCAUUCCAAGAGCUAACUAAACAAAAGUUCCCGACUUAAGUUUUUCGAAAAUCUGCUUAAGAAAUUGCAAGCUUUAACAACUUAAUUUAAGCAAAAAAUGCUUGAUAUUCUCUUCAAUUACUGAGAGAAACAAAUUUUGCUUUAAAUUUAAAUACAAUCUACAUAGAAAUUUGCUCACUAAAGACAAUUCAGGCUCUCUUCGUUCUUAAAUUAAGUCUAAAUUAAAUUCAAAAAUAAUAUAUGGAAUUGGGCAAAAAAUACUUACUUUAAGCUCAAAACGCGUCGAAUGGAAUUCCAAGAGCUCUUCCAUUCAGAAAUUGAAGUACAUAUAACAAAAAAAAGUUCCUGAAAUAAGUUUUUCUUUAAGAACUUAAGAAAUUUCAAUCUGAAACAACUUAAUUUAAGCAAGAAAUGCUUGAUAUUUUCUUCGCAUUCCUUUUCCAGCUUAAGAAAUUGCAAACUUGAACUUAAUUUAAGCAAAAAAUGCUUGAUAUUUUCUUCGUAUUCCUUUUUCAGUUUAAGAAAUUGCAAACUUGAACUUAAUUUAAGCAAAAAAUGCUUGAUAUUUUCUUCGUAUUCGUAUUCCUACAAAGUAUUCCCCGCAGCAGCUACCUCCAAAAGGAGUUUUGUUAACUAUUGUAUCUAGUCUUAAAAACUUCUGUUGUAUAUAUAAACUGUUAAAUAUACGCAUAUAUUUAUUUAAA